CUUGCCACGCCAUGCGGGCUAAGGGCGCGUUUCUCGUCCGCCUGUCGAGGCUGCUGCUUCUGUUACUGCUUAACGUUUCUGCCUCUUCUGCCCGGGGGUCCGCCCCUGCGGUUAGGAACCGAACUUGUCUAGGGGAGAGCUGUUCACCUCUACUGAUCCAGCGACGCGGCAGAGACGCCUGGGGACCGAGAAAUACUGCAAGAGACGUGGUCCGAGUCCGUGCGCCGUGGGAGAAGCCAGAGGCCGCCGCCGUGCUGGGGGCGCCCUCCUGGGACCUACCUGCUGCCCCAGGCAGUUACCCAGGUGCGGGGAGAGGGGCAGAGGCAGCUGCAGCCGAACCCUCGGGACCUCCGACCAGGCCUCCUGGCCCCUGGAGGUGGAAAGGAGGUCGGGGUCAGGAAUUCCCUGAAACUUUGGGGAGAGGGGACCCUACGGCCCUCCAGCUCUUACUUGAGAUCUCACACGAAGAUGAGAAGACUCCCAGAAGCUCUGGCAUUUCCGGGCGGAGCCAGGAGCAGAGUGUGAGGACGGUGCCCGGACCCAGUGAUCUCUUCUACUGGCCGAGGAGGGCCGGGAGGCUCCAGGGUUCCCACCACAAGCCUCCACCCAAGACCGUCAGUGAGCUGGCUGGGUACGAAGGGCGGACAAUUGCACCUCCUGGCAGGGCACUGGCCCAGAACGGGUCCUCGGAGGAAGGGGUCCACGACCGCGGGGGUGUCCGCCGGGGGAACAGCACCAGCCGGCGCGUGCGACUGAAGAACCCCUUCUACCCGCUGACCCAGGAGUCGUACGGCGCCUACGCUGUCAUGUGUCUGUCCGUGGUGAUCUUCGGCACCGGGAUCAUCGGCAACCUGGCGGUCAUGUGCAUCGUGUGCCACAACUACUACAUGCGGAGCAUCUCCAACUCCCUGCUGGCCAACCUGGCCUUCUGGGACUUCCUCAUCAUCUUCUUCUGUCUUCCACUCGUCAUCUUCCACGAGCUCACCAAGAAGUGGCUGCUGGAGGACUUCUCCUGCAAAAUUGUGCCCUAUAUAGAGGUCGCUUCCCUCGGUGUCACCACCUUCACCUUAUGCGCGCUGUGCAUCGACCGCUUCCGCGCGGCCACCAACGUGCAGAUGUACUACGAGAUGAUCGAGAACUGCUCUUCCACCACCGCCAAGCUCGCCGUGAUCUGGGUUGGCGCUCUGCUCUUAGCGCUUCCAGAAGUUGUGCUCCGCCAGCUGAACAAGGAGGACUUGGGGUUCAGCGGCCGGGCCCCCGCGGAAAGGUGCGUGAUAAAGAUCUCUCCGGAUUUGCCCGACACCGUUUACGUGUUGGCGCUCACCUACGACAGCGCCAGGCUCUGGUGGUAUUUCGGCUGCUACUUCUGCCUGCCCACGCUCUUCACCAUCACCUGCUCCUUGGUGACCGCAAGGAAAAUCCGCAAAGCAGAGAAAGCCUGCACCCGAGGGAACAAGCGGCAGAUCCAGCUGGAAAGCCAGAUGAACUGCACGGUGGUGGCUCUGACCAUUUUGUACGGAUUCUGCAUUAUUCCCGAAAAUAUCUGCAACAUCGUCACCGCCUACAUGGCCACCGGGGUUUCCCAGCAGACGAUGGACCUCCUGAACAUCAUCAGCCAGUUCCUUCUGUUCUUCAAGUCCUGCGUCACCCCAGUCCUCCUCUUCUGUCUCUGCAAACCCUUCAGCCGGGCCUUCAUGGAGUGCUGCUGCUGCUGCUGUGAGGAGUGCGUCCAGAAGUCCUCCACAGUGACCAGCGACGACAAUGACCACGAGCACACCACGGAGCUGGAACUCUCGCCCUUCAGCACCAUACGCCGGGAGAUGUCCACUUUCGCUUCGGUCGGAACUCACUGCUGAAGACAGCGCCUUGUUUGGCCAGAUUCGUUUAUUCGUUAGACUUUCAUAUUCUGUGAAAGUUUUUACUUCAUAUUUUUCCUUACAGGGAAAAAAAUGCAUAACAAAAAAAAAAAAAAGGAAUGAGAGAAAGAGAUAUUAACUACUUGUAGAAACGAUUUUACAAAUUAAUAUCUGUGCUUUGAAAAAAAUGUUUAUAUUUAGUUAUUUAAGAAGAACAAGGAGGCCAAUAGUUCUAGGUCAUUUUAUCUGGUAUGGUGCUAAUAUUUUCCCUGAAAAAGUUAUUGCACCUUAACUUAAUUAACUGCUAAUCUUUUUUCCUUUCUUUUAAAAAUAUCAUUAUCGUAUAUUGUUUAUAGCCAUGUGAUUUUGUAGGUUAUUUUAUGUUUGAGUUGUGAUUGAAAGAAUAUAAUGUAUAUGGUACCCUGAGAUGAUUUGUACUUAGAACCAUUCACAAAGUAGCACCAAAUAAAUUACAUUUUAUUCUUUAAUAUAAUUGUCAAUCUACUUUUAACCAAUAUUCAAUAAAUCUUUUAAUUGCCUUAAAGACACAA